AUGCUACAUCCAUCACGAUAUUCAGGUCAUCAUCAUGAUAGACGAAUGCUUUCUAAGCCUCGACAUCGAUAUCAAUAUCCACCAACAUAUCCUGUAGAUAUGUCUAUGAAGAGACCUCAUCAUGGACAGAGACGUCAUAGAAGUCAUCGUCAUCGUCAUCAACAUGGUUCAUCAAAUUCAAA